UAAAUAUUGUAGUAUCCACUCCGCUCUUCAGUUUCGCCUUAAUUCCGGAAUAAAGCUCUUCGUUCUGCCUUCAGGUCUCACUGUUAUCAAUUAUCGGGAGAAUAAUGGCUGUUUCUGUUAAAUUGAUGUCUCUUACUGUUGGAACUUUGGGUGUAAUAUCCUUUAUAUUUGGAAUCGUCGCCGAAAACAAGAAGCCUGCAUCUGGAACUCUCAUCCCAGGCAAAGGCCUUGUUAUCUGUAAAUAUCCUGGCGACCCGACGGUUGCCUUGGGAUUUCUUUCCUUUCUGUUUCUUCUUGCUUCUUCCAUUGCGGGAUACACCUCCCUGUUCUAUCCUUACCAAGGAAAAUCGGUUCCUCGAGGAGCGAUGUUUAAGAAUGGUAGUUUCUCUGUGUUCUUCAACGUUGCUCAAUUCACAACCGGAUUAGCUAUUGCUUUGCUGGUAUGGCCCACGGUCACAGAGCAACUUCACUUGAUGCAUAAUAUUCAUCACAAUGCUGUGACAAAGUGCCCGACCGCUAAGACCGGUCUUCUAGGUGGCGGUGCAUUUUUAUCCCUGGAUUCAUGCCUCUUCUGGCUGGUUGCUCUGAUGUUGGCUGGUAAUGCACGAGAGGACUACUUUAAUGAAAUAGAAGAAAAAGAAAGCAAUGCUCAAGCUCUCAAGAGCAGUGUAUGAACCUCUUCUCUGUUUGUUGCAGGCUCUUAAUCCAUCCUAAUGGUGCACUUAGGUCAACCUUAGUUACAAUUCUAGUGCUCAACUUUCUCGGUUUAGUUAGGCUUGGUCUCGACAUUUUUGCGUCUUUUUCAACCGGAUGAAGCGGAUAUUCAAACAUUCAACUUUUAGAUACAUAUAUAGUGUCUUAGGACAUGUUUGAUGGGUAGUUUGAAUUUGAUC